AUGAAGGUGGACAAGGCGGUGUGCACGAACGGCACGCUGGAGGACCUCAACCGGGCCAUUCAGUUCGAGGCCGUCUUCUCGACGCUGGUCGAGAACAAGAUACUGGCAAUCAAGCGCGAGUGCGAGCUGAAGAAGCGCCACAAGAAGACGCGCCUGCUGCGACGUAUCCUUUUCGGGCGCAAGGUUUCCGGCGGUGCGCCCCCGACCGGAUGCUGUCCCGGGGAGCUCACGACGAAUGGUGGACCCACGGUGGAUCCGGAAUCACGGAGCGGGACUCACGGACACAAUGGCGCCGUCAGUGGGGCACCUUCCGGUCCGGGGUGUAGCGCGUUCGGUUACACGGGGGGACCGGAAGCGGCGCUGGAAAACUCCACCAUCAGCGACGGAGUGGAUGAGGUCAUUGUCGAGAUCGGUGACCUGUCGUCGCUGGUCGAUGCCGAUGGGAACGUGGUUGUGACGACGCACGCGGAUGCGGCCGGGAGCGUCAGAAGUGGAGGUCACCCGGUCAAUGGAGGUUGCGGGCAGCGGGCGGCCAGCGUGGGGCGGGCGAGUUCCGGGUCGCGCCGAGCGUCGGAUGUUACGCGAGGCAGCGGGAGUGUCACGACGCUCCCAAGGAAGGCCUCCCUGCUGGAGCCGGUUUCGAUCGAAAUCGAACCGGAAUCGGAUCCGCUCAGUGUCGAGCUGGAGCUGGACAGUGCGACGAACGUGUCGAUCGAGCUGGACGGCGUCAGCGACGUGUCGGACAUGCGGCGCAGCAUCGCCUCGGAGCCCAUCUCGAUCAUCAAGAACUCGAGCCGGUCGCGCUUCGGUGCCGGCGCGCAGCACGGGCCGUUCCUGUCGGCCGGACACGCCGCCAACCGGUUGCGGGUGCUCGAGGCAAAGUCGAUCAGCGCGCAGAACAGUCCGAUCUUGCCGCGCCAGAAACCGGCCGCCGAGGGUCGCCACCUGACGUUCAGCACGGCCACCUACCAGCAGCCGGCCUCGACCAAGGCGUGCACCAUCGACUGUGAUACCUCGUUCGUGGUGGACCUCAGCCAGUCCUCGGGGCACCAGCACCAGCACCACUCCACUGUGAUAGUGAAGGACAAGUCGGCCGCAGGGACCGGCGGCCAAAAUGGCGGCAGGAAGUCGGCCUCCCUAGCCCUAGGCGACAAUAGCAGUAGUAGUAGCGCUAGUAAGAGGAACAAAUUAUCGCAACACCUUGCCACCAGGGGGACCACGCAGGGCGCGGACGGGACGGCCGGGCCGCCGCCGCUGCCGCCGCCCUCCUCAUCCUCCUCGCCGCCGCCGCUGGGACUCAUCGAAAGCUUUAACCAGCUGACGGCCUCCAAUCUACCUGUGAUAUCCGCCAAAAUGCACUCCGCUCGCCAGUCUCCGCCGGUCAGCGAUACGGUCAAGCUUCAGCAGCAGCAGCAGCAGCACCAUCGUCGACCCUCUUCCUCGGUCACCCUUCUCCCGGGAGACGACGCCUCAUCGCACACCCAGCAGCACCCAGACACGCACUCGCCACUGGCCCUCCGUAAGGCUUCCUGCUCGUCGGCCGGAGCCGCCACCGAAGACCAGGCCCUACUCAAGACACCGACGCAACCGCAACUGCCAACCGGAGCGGCCCAUCUCCCACAGCAGCAGAGCCAGCGCAAACAGCAACAGCGCAGCUUCCUGCGGCAAUCCAGCUGCGACGUGGAGCUGCACUAUCGGCCGACCGUUUGCGUCGGUGGCAAUCGGCGCUCGAGCGCCAAGGAGCACCAUCACCAUCAUCGCAAGAGCAGCGGCUACGGCUGCCACGGCGACGACUACUCGUCCUACAUUAUGGGCUACGACAUCAACGAGAGCGACGAAGAGAAGCUGAACAAACGGAAGUACAAAUAUUUGAAACGAUGCUCGGAUCCGGUCAUCGUGUUCCCGUCGACGAGCAGUGGAGCCGGGGCGGCUGGUGGUGGCGGCAGCGGUGGCAGUGGCCUGCAGCAUUGUAUUCUCAGCCGUCCACCGAAUCAACCACUUCAAUUCCCCUACGACGACGACUUCAUGUACGACGUUUCGCUGCAAAUUGAAUCCGACCGUCACGGCGAGCUGGAUUCAAUAGUGCCUGAGCAUAGGAGAAAGCAUAAACACAGCAGACAUCAUCAUCAUCACCAUCGACACUGUAAGAAGAAAAGACACAAGAAGCGCAAGAUCCUGGUGCACGACCUCGACGACCAGAGCGUGAAGGUGAUAGACCCGGACGAUCUGCCGCAACGUGCCCGCUGGACGAUCAUAGCGACCGCUUGCCUCUUGCUGAUAAUGUGCCUGCUGCUGGUUGGAAUCACGCUGCGGAUGGCGCCCAUCAUCGACGAUAUGGUACGCCAAGAGAACGAACGGCUCAUGCGGGAGUCCCUCGACAGGGCGAAGAUGAUUAAAAACUACACCGAGUACAACCGGAUGAUUGGAGGCGAUGAAAUUCCUUAA